AUGGCGCAGUACUUCUUCGAUCUCCUCUACAACUUCACAGAUUGCAUGUGCUGUUUCCCCAGCUCACCGCAACUGAAGAUCAACAACCGGAGCUUCAAGCUCCUGCGACUCUUGGGUGAGGGCGGUUUCUCCUACGUAUAUCUCGUCCAAGAUAAAGCUACCUCCGAAUUGUUCGCCCUCAAGAAAAUCCGCUGUCCUUUUGGUCAAGAAUCCGUGUCGCAAGCCCUGAAGGAAGUCGAAGCAUACAAUCUGUUCACCUCGGACACCAACAUCAUCCACGCCAUCGAUCACUCCGUUUCUACGGAAUCUGGCUCCAAAUUCCGAUCGGAUGGUGGUGAUGCGGGCUCCAAAACUGUCUACAUUCUACUCCCAUACUACCAACGUGGUAACCUCCAGGAUGCCAUCAACGCUAAUCUGGUCAACCACACCCGCUUCCCGGAGAAGCGAUUGAUGGUUUUGAUGCUCGGAGUUGCCAAUGCGAUGCGAUCGAUGCACCAGUACCGUGUUCAGAGUGGUGCGACAUCUACGCGCAAGGCGAAGGCUGUUCGAAGCGAAGGCGAGGAGGCGGAUGCAGACAGAACCAUGAAGAUGAAGCCACAACGGCGAGCGAGCCACCGUGUACAACAAGACCAGGAAGACGAGGAGAACGAACCGUUGAUGGAUGAUGAGGUGACGCGCAGUCAGGAAGGUGUCCAGGAUGGCGCUCUACGUCCGUAUGCGCAUCGCGACAUUAAGCCCGGUAACAUCAUGAUCGAUGACGAUGGUCAGUCACCCAUCCUGAUGGAUCUUGGUUCUUUGGCACCCAGCCCGAUUGCUAUCACAUCCCGAUCUCUGGCCUUGGCGGUGCAAGAUACGGCUGCCGAACAUAGCACCAUGCCAUACCGUGCCCCCGAGCUAUUUGACGUCAAGACCGGAUCGAUCAUCGACACAAAGGUCGACAUCUGGUCUCUUGGCUGCACUCUGUAUGCAUGCCUUGUCGGCAAGAGCCCAUUCGAGGCUCGCAGCGAGGAAACCGGUGGCAGUCUGAGUAUGUGUGUCCUCGGUGGUGACUGGCGCUUCCCCGACGAAAAGUCCAAUGCCACCAAGGGCAAAGGAAAGGCUGGGGUCGACGGUGACAACUCAUCCAAGAGCAGCGGAAGCAGCACGAUUAGCGCUCCUGUUAAGGACAUUGUUCGCAAGUGUCUGGAAGUGGAAGCCUCGGAACGUCCCGACAUUGACGAGUUGAUUGAACUCAUCAAGAACGUCAUCAAUGAGUUGCCGGAUGAUGACGGUGCUGGUGCAUCUCAUUGA